AUGGAUAUGGCAAAGAUUUUGGUAGUUGUUGACUGGAAACCCAUCCAGCGCAGAUUGCUCAAAGAAGUGACGAACUAUGGUAUCGCCGCAUACCAGCUGUGGCAAGUGCAGAAGCUACGUCAACAUAUCCGAGAAGAAUAUCUAGAUUACUGGGAAGCAACUGCAUCAGAUGGUGGGAUAGGACGGCCUGUCGAUGCUAUCAUCUGUCCGGUCGCACCAUAUGCGGCACCUCCCCACGGGAAGAACAGCUACACCAACUACAGCACCGUUUGGAAUGCACUCGACUAUCCCGCUGCGACUUUCCGUAUGACCACUGUGAACUCCACUCUUGAUGGGAAGGAGCUUCCUGAUGGUUUCUAUGAUGAUUUUGAGAAGACAUUUAUGAAAUGUACGGCCCCGGAAAUUUUCAAGGACGCUCCUGUCUCUUUGCAACUUGCCGGUCGGACUCAGAAGAAAGAGGCAGUGAUAAAAAUGACAGAAAUUGUCGAUGUGGCGCUGGCAGCGGCUAAAUAA